AUGGAUAGAAGCCACAGCAGAUCGGCGUCCCCAAGGGAGCCGGCGCGGCCGCAGCACAGACCGCCAUCGCCGCCUUCACCACCAGCAUUCGAGAACAGAGCCUACCAGCACGAUGAAUCAGAUCCAAACCACAACGACUCUUUCACUUCGAAUGGACCUCAACAAAAUGGUCACAGUAAAGAACCCAACGGCGACACGAAAACCCUAGAAGCUGUCAAUUUGGAAUUGAUAAAUUUAACACCCAAAAAUGGAAACGCAAAACAAAAGAAAGACGUCGAGGUUGACAUGAAUGCGAGCAACCCAUACGACGAGUACUUCGUGCCGGUCAAUGAGCACAGGAAAUACAUGAGAGGAGAAAAGCUGUAUGUAACAGCAGACAAGCGUGGGGAGAAAGGAGGUUGCAAGAGACCCCUGUGCUGGACACUGCUGGGUCUCGUUGUUGCAGCCAUUGUCGCCCUAAUAGUUCUAGCAGCAACUGGAAUACUUUUCACGAACUCGCCCACGCCUCUGGAGCCGUAUAAUACGUCGAUAAGCUCAGCGCGUGCCCUCGGCGGUAUUACUCAUACAACUAGCCACGAACAGGAUCAAGAUAACGAUCACGACCAUGAACACGACCACAAUCAUGAUCAUGCACAUCAUGAUCACGACCACGACCACAGCCACGGUCAUGAUCAUAAUCAUGAACAACCCACUGAAAAUGAAGAAGCGUCUGUACUAGAACAAGGUACUGAGCAUGUAAAUAGUCGAGAAACAGAAAGCAGUCAUGAAGAUGACAGUGAUCAUAAAGACAGUCAGGAACCCACUCAUGCGCAUGAUACAACCCUCUCAACGGAACAGCACCACGGACCACAAAUGCAAAAUGAUGAAGGCCAUGGUCAUGCUAUAGCAUCUGAAGAAACGGGCGACAACUCAAUGUACGUACCAAGAACAUUAGAAGGUGAAUUGAAAAUAGACAACGAAGAAUUUACGGCAGCACUUGAAGACCCGGAAAGUGACGAAUAUCGAGAGUUUGUCGCUACAUUCAGUGAUGCCCUGAAACGUGCCUUAUUUGAUAGAAACACUUUGGAGAAUGGAGAUAAUGAUAUUAUAAUUGAAGUUGUUAAAAUAAGGAGUGGUUCCAUCGUCGUUACAUACAGAAUUCACUGGAACCCAAGAUACAACGCUCAACCUUCAGAAGAUUUACUUACAACUAGUACUCUAGAAGCGAAUUUGAACAACUACCUCGCACGAAACAAUAGAAUGAUAAGCGUCUAUCAUAUAGCCGAAGAUAAAAUGUUAACAAGACCAGUUCUGGAUAUCUGCCAAAUUAACAAUAAUGACUGUGAGUAUGGAUGCGAAUUCGACAAAAGAACUCUCGACUUCAUAUGCACAUGUCCACACGGCCAAAUUCAUGAUAUGAAGCAACCCAAAAAAUGCAUGUUAUUAUUAGACAAUUCGGAACGAAUAGAGAAUACAUCACACGUAGGCAAUUUCACAUCAAACCUUAAUACUAUUACAUCAAGCCCUAUUUCAGAAGAAGAAAAACCCUACACUGAAUCUGUUCACAUUCUAACAAAUAAAACGGAACAAAAUACUUUCGACUGGAAAGAAAGAAAUCAUCAUACUAUUGAAACGACGACAGAAAAUGAUAGUGACCUAAACUUUUCUCAUAUUUUUGGUAACCCUAGUUACGAAAACAAAGAAGACGAAACCGACCUUUCAAAACAGCAACCGGAGUCAAAUGAAGAGCAUAAUACAAUUUCCACACUAGAUAUGAAUAUUUUACAAAGUACUUCUUUAAAGCCAAAAAUAGAAGCUACAACGGUAUCGGAGCAAUCAUUAACAACAACCGCUCAUGAACCUACCGCAGAACCUGCGCCUGAACCAGAACCUACACUGGAACUCCAUACAGAUUUUAAGCCAGUUACUGUAAGCUACGAACAGAAAAAUAAAAAUCAAGAUAGUGAACUAGAUGAGUCUGAUCCUAACCCAGAACCAGAACCUGCACCCCGUCCAGAUUAUAGGCCAAUACUUACAACAGUAUCGGAGCCGCGACCGACGCCUGAACCACACCCAACUACAGAAGUCAUCGUGUCAUACAAUACCGCCACUAUUUCACGAUCUGGGGUAGAGAACUCUAUGUCAUUGGAACCUAAAAUAACAACAAACUACGUAGCGUCGGACCACAUUGAGAGUUUUACUACUACUGAUGUACCCUCGGUAUUUAUGCCUGAAAGAAAAUAUGAUUUAAAAUCUAAUUAUAAUCACGGUGAUCAAUUUGAAACUACAACAAUACCAAUUUCCGAACCUCAUACUAAUAAUCAACCAGAAAGUACGUCCGAAUUUAUAUCAAAUUUUAACGAAAGCACUCACCCAAAAUCAAGUAAUAGUGAUGAAAUAACCACUACUGAAAAUGACUGGCUUGAAAACAAUACUGAAAAAUCACAAAUUCAUUUUAGUGAUACGAGCUCUCAAGAAAAUAUAUUGUUAAACCACAGUAUAGAUCGUGAUUACACUCGAGCUACGGACCAAAGAUCUUCUAAGACAUUUGACAGUGAACUUUUUAAUGAAGAAACAACUCCAUACCCAACUCCAACCAUACAACAUGUUGAAGAAGAAAAAGAAAGAACAAAUACAACAUUCGAUGAUUUAUUAUUUGAUCAAAUCACAAAAAGUGAUGAACAACCUUCCACAAAAAAGUUUACAAUAGAAAAUAUAGAUGAUUUGAUUGAUCAAACUACAACUGUAGUAUCUAUUUCAAAUAUAUUCGCCGGAAGAAAAUCUGAAGACAACGAAUCUACGAACAACGAGUCUAUAGAAACUACAACUAUGGCGAUACUGACAGGAGUCGAAGAAACAAGAGCAAUAUUUAAUAAUAGAUCCCUAGUUAUUGAUGCUAAUGAUGACAAGGAACAAAAUAUUGAGAAAUCUCUUUUUGAAAAUGUUCCAAUAAAUUCAACAAAAUUGGAACAUAUCGAGACCACCACGCCAGCAUUGGAAACAUUUACAGAAUAUUCAAUUACUAAACAUAAUAAGGAUUCUAAUAUAGACCAAAAUUUGAUGACAGUCUUACAAAAUAAUAACACCAUUGACUUACAUAAUACAAAAAUAUUAAAUAAUGGAACAACAGAAAAAGAUUUCCCUGAAGGGGACAUUACCUUCGAUGCCAUCAAUAAACUAUAUAACAGAUCCUCCAAAUCCUUUGGAAAUCAAAGUAAUAUGGAACAAACAACAGAAAUGAACGAGGUUUUAAGGGAAACGGCGGAAACUACUACUAGUUCAGAUUGGCUAUCUGAAACUGUUACAGAAAUAAACUAUCAAGAAGUAAUAAAUGAAAACAUAAAUGUGAAAACUACAGAAGCGCCGGUAACAAAAAUUGAUGAAAUAAUGGGCCGUGGCCAGAAUAAAGACGAUUUUGAACCAGAUUACCUAAAUAUGGGUUCUAAUAUCUCUAAAACUUUAGAACACGAUGAGCCACUAUACGGCAUGCUACACGAUUAUGACAAUGAAGAAUCUGCAAUUAAAAGGGUAAAAAAUGAACCUAGUAAAGAUGAUGAUAUCGAAACUUCUAAACAUAACACGAUUGAAGCCACUAAUCAUAACAACCAAAUCGAAGAAAAUUUAACUACAAUUAAACCAACGAUUGAAAUAGAUAAGGUUUUUGAAACUACUACUGUAGGUGAAUACAUAUAUAAGAUUUCAUUAAAUGAUCCAAAUAAUAACUCAAUUUCUACAUUAAAUACAAUUACAGCUCAUCCUGUUCCCCCCGUCUGGGAGAAUUCUGAAGAUGACAUGAACUUCACUGUUAAAGAACUACCAAAGCAAAUUAUAGAUGAUACUUUACCGCAAUCAGGAUUCUCCACAACUAUUUCGCCAACAUCCACAACAGUUAACUUACUACAAAAUAACAAUGAAGAAAACAUGAAUGCCUUCGAAUCUCCCGUCCGAACGGAUAAUGUCACCCUAGGAAACAAUUUAAAUGUUACUAUUUAUGAAAUAUCUAACCACAGUGACAAUCAUAAUGUGGAAAAAUCUAUAAGUCAUCAAUCGACUGAAUACGAUGACCACGAAAUAGAAAUGAAUCCAUUCUUGCCAGAAAUCGAAAAUAAUAAAAGCCUUGUAAAGAAACUCCAAGAAGGGCACGACCUAGAACCUUUAAGUGUAAAUGAAACACAAAAUGAGAACACCGAGGAACAAUCUCAUGGCUCCCCAGACGGAAACAUGAUAUAUAAUCAAACUGUACAUGGAAUUAAUGGAACUAAGUCAUCAUCAGCACAACAAAAAACGCAUUUAAAGGACGAAACAUUAUUUAGUGACCUAUUAACGCAACAUAACUCCCAUGCUACCGAAGAAGAGUCACGGCCAUUAUUUGACAUUAUUACGGACACAGAGACAACUCCAUCGUCUAUUGAUCAGCUAGAUAACGAAAGUAAAGAAUCAUCAGAAGCUAUACCUAUUUCAACAUUUUUAUUAGACACAGACGAUUUAGACACUAAAGAACUUUUCGAUACUGAAAAAAUGAAAUCUGAAAUCAGCACAAAAUUAGAAACUGUAUUAGCGCCAAAAACAUUAUAUGAAACAACUACAGCAACUAAAUCAAAAAUCGGUGAUGAAAAUGCCUUUCUCAGUGUAGUGCCCAUAGAUCAGGAAAGUUCGGAAAAAAAAGAGAAUCUAAAAAAUAACUAUGAGAGAGAAAAUAUUCCAGAACUUAAUUUCAUCAGUGAUUCACCCAAAAAGAGUGAUAGAAGGACAGUGGAGCCAAGCAAUAUUAAUUCCGUCAUUAAUAAUGAGGCAUAG